AUGUGGAAGCUCAUAUGGACCUGUGUGCUGUGUUGGUUAGGCUGCAUUUUUGCAAUACGCCAGCUGGAGAUUUCUGCAGGGGAAGUUGACCAUAUCCCUAUGUUUGGAAAUCUAGAUGAGCGCUCACAAAGAUUGUUUCAAAGGUUUGUGGAAAAGCCUGCAGACCAUGGACUCUUGCCAAGACAUAAGCGUAAUGUUUUUCUGUCCAGUGGAUUACGCCUCUGCAGUCAAGAAACCGUGCAGCAAGCUGUCAGUAACCACCUGAAAUACUAUCAGCUCAGAGCAUGUCAGGAAAUAAUUUGGGAGGCUUUCAAAAUCUUCUUGGAUCGCCUCCCCAAUCAGGAGGAAUUCAAGAGCUGGAUGAGCCAGUGCCAGACAGAAAGACUCUCUGUACAGGAGAUUGGCACUGCCUUUAGCCAAUCAGAAGAACACUUAGCAUUUAUCCACAGAAGUCUCAGGCAGACCGGGCUGAAAAGGUGAAAUAACAUUUUAAAAACCCGUUUCACCUAACCCAAUCCCCCGCUCCCAAACCUUUCAGAAAAUACCUCCUUACCC